AUGUCGAUGUCGGAGAAAGAACACACUUCGGCGGAAACGCUGGUUUCUCCAGACGUGGAUUCGGGCACUCCUGAUGGCGGGUUACGUGCGUGGAUGGUCGUCGUGGGAGGGUUUCUGACGUACUUUGUUACAUUUGGCCUUCUCAAUUCCUUUGGCACCUUCCAGGCCUACUAUGGGGAGCACCUCCUCGCCAGUCACAGUGAGAGCACCGUGUCCUGGAUUGGCUCUAUUCAAAUAUUUCUUCUGUUUGUUGGAGGCGUGGUCUUUGGCCCUGUCUUCGACACGAAGGGGGCGAAGGUCCUGUUUGUGCCCGGCACGAUAUUCUUCGCCCUGUCCCUGAUGUUCAUCAGUCUGUGUCACAAGUAUUACCAGUUCAUUCUGACACAGAGUCUUCUAUUCGGUAUCGGUGAUGCUAUGCUGUUCUAUCCCACAAUAUCCGCAAUUCCGCAUUGGUUUCACCGUCGACGUGGUCUAGCCUUGGGUAUUGUCGUGGCCGGUUCGUCUCUCGGAGGGAUCGCCUGGCCGUUGAUCCUGGACCGGUUAUUUGGUGCCGUUGGGUUUCCUUGGGCCCUCCGUAUUGUCGGCUUUGUGUCCCUGGGAUUACUUGCACCGGCAUGUCUGAUGGUUGUGCCUCGUUUGCCACCGACCAAGGCGAGCGACGUGCCCAAAGCAGAGGUCAUGGCUAUUUUCAAAGACGCGCGAUUUCUACUGCUCGUUGCGGGCAUGCUGUUCGUCAUGUGGGGAAUGUUCAUCCCUUUCUACUACCUUCCCUUGUAUGCCCGACAGCAGGGAGUGGACUCUGUCUUUGCCAACGACCUCAUUGCCAUCCUGAAUGCUGGCUCGCUCGUCGGCCGAGUUGUGUCCGGGGGGCUGGCGGACAAGAUGGGAAGGUUCAACAUGGCCAUUAUAUGCUCGCUUCUCUCGGGAAUUGUACUGCUUUGCCUGCACGUCAUGUGUACGAAAGGCAGCAUCGUGACUUUCGCUGUUCUAUACGGGCUGUUCUCCGGGGGGUUGAUCUCGCUGCAGUCGGCCUGCGUGGCGCAGAUAACAGAUAACUUGCAGAUUAUCGGCAUAAAGAUCGGCGUCAUGAUGGCCGUCUGCUCCGUGGGCGCUCUGACCGGUGCUCCCAUCGGGGGCGCCCUCGUCUCGACUGAAAACGGCGAAUAUUCUGGUCUAAUCAAUUUUGCUGGCGUAAUUCUCCUGGCAGGGGCCGUGCUGUUGGUUGGAUCGCGAUGGGUCAUUAGUCGCAAUUUCUUCCAAGCCGUGUGA